AUGCCACGGUGCGACGAUGACAUUGGCGGGUACUACAAGGACAUCAUGUACCUUCUCGAGUUCCCAAAGACGGCGUCCAUGACACGCGUCUUCACGGCCAAGGACGAAGCGGCUAUCCGCGCGCUGCCUGCCUGGGACCUCUCGCGCUACCACCAGCCACGCACCACGACCAUCGUCGCCGCCGCCGACCUGGCGUUCGACACAACCGCCUUUGAUACGUUUGUCAAUACGACGCUUGUCAAGCGUGUCAAGACAGCGCUAGCACCCGAAGGUCCGUUCCACGCUGCGCUUGCCCACAUUGCGUUCGACUCUGUCGGCGACGCGCAGUCGUUUGGGGCUGCGCACCGGCCACCGGGCACGUUUGGCACAUUAUACGUCGCGCUACCGCGUCAUGUGCGUGGCGGUGAGGUCGAGUUCAGUCGCGGUUACGACCAUAACAAGUGGCUGCAGCCUCGACGCGCAGAUGCACCGCAGCACUCGUACGCUGCGUGCUACCGCAACUCGCACGUCACGGCGGCUGCCAUCACCGAGGGCGACCGCGUCCUCCUCGUGUAUAACCUCGUGUACACCGACUCGUCGGCGCACACCCGCGACUACCCUGCGUCCAUUGACGAGGCUGCAACGCACCUUCGCAAGCUUGGCGCCAAGGACCAUGGCAUCUUUGAGGUACUGCAAGGCUGCCCUGUCCAGCAGGGCACCUCGUUCGAGACGCUCUCGGGGCUACCCAAAGACCUUUUGACCGCCUUGCUACGGUCCCGUGUCUAUGAUGUGGCACUGGCAACGCUCGUGCCCGACAAUGACGCGUCUGUCGACAAGCUGCGCAGCCGCCUCCUUGACCUCGGUGUGCUCGCCAACAUUCUCUUGCAGCACAUUGAGCUGCACCCGGCGACAGGAGCGCCAUCGGUGCUGCAAGACGCGUUGUGUGGCGUCGUCCUGCCAGAGUACACGUCGAGCAUCAGCGACGAGUUCUCGCAAGAGCUCGGUGCGACACACGCGCUUAUCUUUUGGCCAAAACAACGCCGGCUCGAGGUAGCCGGUCUCCACGGCACGAUGCUGUGUCUCGAGCGCGCUCUCACGAACGACGGCACCACCCACAAGGAGCUCUUGGGCUACGAAGUACCGUCGCUCGUGGGCCAUGCCUCGGAUCUCAUGCAAGGUAUGGACGACGACACCUUCCACGCGGACUUGUACCAGCGCCUUCAAGCCAUUGUCAACCCGUCGGCGACGGCGUUCUUCAACCGGUUUGCCGCUGUGCUCACAACGCUGGGGAAUAUCGACUUGAUACUCGAGUUUGUCGCGAACUGUCUCAACAUGGACCACGUCAGCACGACGCUGCCAGAUGUUGCCAAGUGGCUGCACGGUCUUUGCGCGACGCAUGGCUGGGAGCUGCUCUUCCAGUCGCUCGUUCGGCUCGUCGACCGGUGGAGCCAGCACCAAGCAACAAUGGCGCCGAUUCUUCAUUUUAUCGCAUCGCUCGCGGGUGUCGACGGUGCGACGCCGGUGUGCCCGGCCCUCCACCAGCCAUUUGCGAUCGAGCUCAUCAAGGGACUCUACCGCGCCGCGCGACUUGCGCUCGACCCCCACUACCACAACACACGGCUCGUCGUCCAGCAUGAAGUUCUCGGUCUCUGCCUCGUUCUUGACGCGUAUGUGGCAGCCAACGGCGUGUCGUCGCACUGGCUUCACGGGCGGUUGCCGCCUCUGGCGCUGGCAGCCAUCGAUGCGGCGCUCGACCCGGCCAAGUCGAUGGCCCUUCGUCUGCUCGACGCUGCAGAGACAGACGGUGCAGCGCUCCUCACCACCGCAGCGCCUGCUUUGGCGUACAGUAUGCGCCACCAACGACGUCUUCGCGUACCUUCACUCGCCAUCGCCAUUGCCGCCAAGCUCCACGACCCGUCGACGACUGUCGACAUGCUUAUGACGGACGAGUGGUCUUACUCCGACGCCGUGGUCAUUGUCCAAAGCAUUUUGACGAUCGCACGGAGUGACGGUACGCUGACGCCACCUCUUCUCGAGCGCUGCCGCACCGUCUUUGGCGCAUGCACCGUCCCGGCCAUCCGUGCCAUCCUCACUCAAGACGACGUGGACGAAGCGACGCGCGCGCUUUUGUUUCAGAGUGUGUUGCGCCCGAUUCCACGCAACGAUACAAACGACGCCAAGCACCUCAACGACUACUACCGCGACCACCCGCACCCGUCCGUCGCGCCGUCCCACGACAAUGCGCGAGAAGUGGACGCUGGGUGGCGACUGGCGGUCGACACGCUCGAACUGAUUGCCGAGCUCGAUGCGAGCCAAAUGCUGCCGUACGUCCGCUCGUGGAACGCCCAAGUGCUGUCACAAAAGCCGUGGAUGUAUGGCGGCUUCGUCGCCGACUGCCUUCUUCGCAACACGUUUUGGACCGACGAGGCAUGGCUCUUGGUCGCCAACCUCUGCCUCAAGAACCUCACACCGCAUUUUGCUGGGCGUCGGCUCCGCGAUUUGCGUAAGGGCAAGGCGCAUGUGGACUGCGACUGCGAGCUCGCGACGCAGCUCAACACGUUUCUCGCGUCCAAGCAUGCGCUGGUCGAGGUCUUGCGCGCACCAGCACCCAUGUGCACCGCUGUCCAAGCCUUCGUGGACGGCCCGCCAAAAACGUCGCUAGAGUUGACGUGGCACAACGACGACGACGACGACGCGGCCGAGCCCGUGACGAUCACCAUUGAGCGGCCGCACGACGACUUCUCGGACGACGAGCCAUGA